AUGGCGGAGUUCAGCUCCGUCGAGGAGAUGCGCGCAAGCCUCGACGAAUACAAGGAGCAACUGCAGCAGGUGGAUCUUCUUCUUGGGGAAUUUCCCGACAAUGAGGACUAUCAGGAAGCCAAGACCACACUCACAGAGGCUAUCCAACUGGUUGAGGGCUUGCUGAUAGAUGGUGGCAGCUUCGGUGAUCCUUCUGCUGCAGCUGGAGUAUCAGAAGUGCCCUCCACCAGUGGUCACUUCGAUGCUGGCCAACAGCAGGCACCUUCUGUCAAGCUGCCAUCAACUCUUCCAGCAUCUGUCGCUGAACAGAUUCGAAGAGCCCAAGUGAAAGCAGCACUGCUGGGUCAAGCUCCCCCAGCUUGGGCUGUGGGUGCUGAGUGUCAGGCUGUGUACAGUGGGGAUGGUCAGUGGUAUGAUGCUGCCAUUCAGUCAGUAACAGCGGGCGGGGAAUUUGUGGUCGUCUUUGAGGGUUACGGGAAUUCAGAGGAGGUAGAUCCGAAGCAAGUCCGCCCACGACCUGAUAUCCAGGAGGUCUAUAAAGGGGUGGCUGCACCCAAGCGAAAGAGGGUAGAAGAUGAGCCGGUCAUCAGUGAGAUUCCAAAAUGGUGUGAAAUGAAGGACACCGACGAUGACAAGACGAAGUCAAGAAAAAAGAAGCUGCUAAAAAGUUACAAAUCCAAAAUUCGGUUUCAACAAAUGGAUUUGGAUCAGAAGAAAAAGCAACAAGAUUGGCAUUCUUUUGUGCAGGGGAAAGGGUCAAAAAAGAAGGCAGGUGUCUUCACUGGACGGAAAAAGACCAGCAUAUUUAGUGUACCGGAGGAAGUUGGGGGCAAGGUCGGUGUUGUGGGGAGUGGCAAAGGGAUGACCGAUUAUCAGAAACGUGCUCGCCAUGAAUUCGCUCCAGAAGAAUUAUAG